AUGAAUUCCAGCGAUUACUUGGACGGUACUCAAGAAUAUGAAACUCUCUAUCCUCAGACUGUGAUGGAUUCAGACAGUCAGGAUUCUCCAGUUCAUAACAAGAAGCCUCAUUUCUAUUCCCCAAGCCAUGCAAAGCACUUUGACUGCUUUUGUGGAAAAAUAUUCAUAAGUAAAGCUGAUUAUAAUCGUCACAUGCUCAUCCAUACUGGGAGAGACCUCAUGAAUGUGAAAUAUGUGGGAAACUUAGCCCAGCAUAUAAAGCUUCAUACGGAUGAAAAAUCUUACAGUUGCAUGCAGUGUAACAAAUUGUUCCUGAAGAAGAGCUAUUUGGUUCAGCACAUGCGAGUGCAUUCUGGGCUUAAGCCUCACAAGUGCAACUUAUGCAGCAGGGCCUUUAAUCUGAAGGGCAAUUUAGUACAGCCCACUAAAGAGACACAGUGGCCGUAA